AUGGCGAAAAGCGACUCCCGCUCAAGCUUAAACUUUCUAUCAGAUGAUAGCGACAUUUACGACAAUGCUAAGGAAAAUGCUAUUCUUGCGGCAGAUUCUCCUCUGCGCAAUCCUCCAACUACUUCGGCAGUUGUGGAGAAAACUAAACACAAGAAACAUUCGCUCAGUUCCCGGUUUCUUGCGGACAAGGCCAAAAAGACUGCUACCACCGCAGACUCUACGAAGCAAAAGAAGUGUAAAAAGCGCCUGGCCAAAUCUUUGAAAAAGGCGAAACAAAAACUUACGGAAAAACAUCUAAAUCUCUUUCCAGAGGGUGUUUCGCUUCAACCCCUCCCUAAGGUCAGUUGUACUGACAAUGACAAUAUGGAAAGUGAGGACCUCAUCCCGGGUACCCCGGAGUGCCAACAGGGAAUCAUUAACAACGUUGAAAGGUCUCGCUUCUCCGCAGUGAACGAUCUGCAGGCUUUUAUAGCUAAACACAAGCUAAAAAGCAAUGCUGCAGAAGAGCUCAUGAGGAUUUUCACUCGACUUGUUGAAUCUUUCGACAUGAGUGCGAUCAACAAGCGAAUUGAUACCAUCGAAGAAAAAGUGGGCAUUUCAGCGACGCCUCCAGCCCAACCAGUCAAAACAAAGACCUAUGCCUCAACGGCUCAACAGUGGUCGCAGGGUCUUCUGCCCACCCCCAAGACGACAACUAUUAAACCAAAAAUCACAGGUCCUCCCAAGACACUUCCACCAAAACAAAAAACUCCACAGCCGGUCAAUGUUCAAAAGGCCGCAGGGAAAACAGACUUUGUCUCACUUCCCACAGUCCUCGUGGUCCCCAAAACAUCAGAUCCCAUGGAGGAAGUUGUAAAAGAAAAAAUCAACAUCAAGCCUCUUUUGGAGGCAAACAUAAGUCCCAAGGCUCUGGGAAUUAGAAUCAUUACUUGUAGAGUGACUAGUUCGAACAACAUUCUAGUUACAGUCCAAACGCAAGACAUGGCUAAUAAACUUAUGGCAGCCAUAAACCAACAUGCCAACCUACAACAAAUUUGUGAGGCGCGCCUUCCAAACAAACGCGACCCACAAAUAAUCAUUUAUGACAUUGACCAUACUAACCAGAAUAAAUCUGAUGAAGAAGCAGAGUUCAUUUCAAGACUAAGAGCUGACAACAACCUGCCACCUGGCAACAUAAGGGUCCUUUUCAGGAAGCCUGGCAGGGGGGCCAGAUCGCACUGGGUUCUCUCAGUUUCCCCGCAGAUUUUUAAAGUAAUCAAAACGGAAAAAAGGCUUCAUUUUGGAUUCGGUUCCAAAAAGUUCAGAGAACAUCUGGAACCAAUGCGUUGCCAAAACUGCCUUAAAUUCGGCCACACAAAAGGCAAUUGCAAAUCACAAACAGCCUGCAGCAAAUGCUGCGACAACCAUCCUACAAAAACAUGCUCAAAAACAAACAAAGUGUGCCGUUUCUGUCGGGAGUGUAAUCAAAAACAAAAAAACCUCGUUCAGAACGGACCAUUCAGCCACUUCCUUAAAUUGUCCUUUUUAUCUAAAGAACAUAGCUAG